AUGCCCUCAGUAGGCUGGUGUUAUCAUCAUUUGCACUACGGCGUGGUUCAUCUGCGUUCCGGGAAUCACUUGGAUUCAUCACCGAAGCGUUUCGGUGGCAGUGCGAUCAAAUCGUCAGCCCGUGCCAGCGGAGCCGCGUCUGCUGUCUCAUUUAUCGUUAUCAUUUUCUCCUUUGCGAUCUUUAUUGCCGCCUACAUUGGUAUUUUCACCCUACGAUUUUGGUCUAAACCCUCGGCACCACGCCGUAUAGCGAGACGGAAAUCAUCAUGCCUAGAGGCUUGUAUACACAGAUACCGGACAGGCGGGUUUGGGAAAUUCCUCUUAGUCCUAGAUGGGCUCGGGUCUAUCGUAGUAAGCAAUAAUAUCCCAAACAACUACCCCUUCGCAUUACAUGCGCAAAACUCCGGGCGCCGGGCCGUCCGCGCUCCUCGAAUCACGUUCGUUACAUUCGGCUUCGUGGCCGCAAUCACCGUCGGUUGCUGUCUUCGAAAACACUCUGCAAACCUUACUUUCAAUAAUUUCGAUGCUUGGGACAAGAUAGACGUUCACCUGCGGCUUCUUGGGAGCGGCUUUGGGAAUGAAGGUUGCUUGAAAUAUAGGAGGCAAUAUUGGACUUGA